GUGAUCAAAUCUGUCAAACACAAUAAGCAUGCGAUUCACGUACGUUCUGCUCCUGGGCCUUCUCAGCUGUCUCCUGCUGGCCCAGCAGGGGCUCGGCGAUGAUUCUACCACGGCCACUGAGAGCACCACCGCAUCGGACUCCACCACCGCGUCAUCGUCGUCCGCAACAGCGACGCCCGCCGCGACCAAUACCGACACCAGCACAACGGCUACGACCACGACCACGACCACCACCACAACCUCCUCCUCGACGUCCUCCAGUGCGGCCGCCCGGCGACGCAGGGCCGCCGCCCGUCGUCGGCGCUUGGCCCGCCAACGUCGCAGGCGCCAACAACGUCAAAGGCGCCGCCGCCAGCAACAGCGCAGGAGGCAGCAGCAAAGACGGCGACGAAACAAUCAGGGAUAGGGUUUUAAAUCGGUAUUUUGUACUUUUAGUGGAAUACCUCAUUAUUUGCUAAUAAAGAACAUUUUUAAAAAUA